CUUGUAUACGUAUGACAUACACAAAUAUGGAUUCCAAUAAAUUUCGAAUAAAGAAACAUAUAUACUAUAUUCAAUCAUUUUUCUGCUUUUUAUAAAUGUCGAACAUAAAAGACCAUAAAAAGGAAAUAAUGAACAAUAAUAGCAUUCAUAUAUAAUUUAUUUUAAUAAAGUACAAUAAUUUUAAAUGUAAUGCAAAGUUUAAAUUAAAAGUAUUGUUCUCUGUUUAUACAUUGAGAUAAAGGGUGUUUGGCAUAGCGAUAUCUCUGCAUAUAUACCUAUAAAUUUAAUCAGGAAUUGGUAAAACAGCAUUAUAUAUUAUUUCUAUACAGUUUAUUGUAAUAAUUAUAACAUUAAAAUUUAUUAGGUGGAAGUUUAUGUUAUACAUAACACAAAUUUAAAAUGCGUUUAGUGAUUUGUGACACAGUGGAUCAUGUAGCUGAAUGGUCUGCAAAAUAUGUUUUAAAAAGAAUCAAUGAUUUUCAGCCGAAUAAGGAUAAAUAUUUUGUUCUUGGUCUUCCAACAGGUGGCACACCUUUGGGAAUGUACAAAAAACUUAUAGAAUAUCACAAAGAAGGCAAACUUUCCUUUCAAUAUGUAAAGACAUUCAAUAUGGAUGAAUACGUCGAUUUACCUAGAGAUCAUCCAGAGUCUUAUCAUUAUUAUAUGUAUAAUAAUUUUUUCAAACAUAUAGAUAUCAAUCCGGAUAAUGUACAUAUUCUUGAUGGUAAUGCAUUGAAUCUUGUACAAGAAUGCGACGAUUUUGAGAAGAAAAUCAAAGAUGCUGGUGGAAUUGAAUUGUUUAUUGGUGGUAUUGGUCCAGAUGGACACAUAGCUUUCAACGAACCAGGUUCCUCUUUGGUAUCGCGUACAAGAGUAAAAACAUUGGCACAAGAUACCUUACAAGCCAAUGCAAGAUUCUUUGGAAACGAUAUUUCAAAAGUUCCAAAACAAGCAUUGACCGUUGGUGUUGGUACUGUAAUGGACGCUAAAGAAGUAAUGAUUCUCAUUACAGGAUCUCAUAAAGCGUUUGCCCUUUAUAAAGCGAUAGAAGAAGGUAUCAAUCAUAUGUGGACUGUGUCAGCCUUUCAGCAGCAUCCUCGUACAAUUAUUGUUUGCGACGAAGAUGCGACUCUAGAAUUACGUGUGAAAACUGUGAAAUAUUUUAAGGCUCUCAGUGCUGUACAUCACAAAUUGAUCGAAGAAGAUGGAGACGCAAUUCCCCGUUGUUCAAUACAAAAUUAUUUGUCAAAAUGGUAGUUACUUAUUCAUUGUUAUCUGAAUAUAAUUUUUAGGUAUGUUUUACAUUUGAAAGCUGUAUUUGAUAGAACGAAAAUUCUGUCAAAUUUAUUUGUUAUCAGUAUUCAGUGAGUUUAAGAAAAAGAAAGAUAAUAUGAUAAGUGAGAUUAUGAGAUACGGUCGAAAUGGUAGUGCAAACAGGUAUUAUAUAUAAUUUUGUUUUUGGAAAAUUAAAUUUGAAAAUUUUUAAAAAUAUUUCUAAAAAAAUUUGUAUACGCCACGUAAGCCAUUUCAUCAAUUCUUUCGUUAAUUCAACAAUUAGUGUUGUAACAAAGACAUUGUUACCUAUCAUGUUUCCAUUUAAAUCCAUGACGCUAUACAUUAGUGAUUAAAUAGAUAUACUGACGAUGAGACUACACAUACCGAAUGUAUAGCGUUUAGUAUUAUCUGCGGUGUCACGAAACAACAUUUUUUCACAGAUAAUCAAUUCUUUUUUCAUUUCACUGUCAUUUCGACCGCAAAUUGCAUCAAUUAUAUACAACUUUUGUAUACAGUACAGUCUGUAAUGUUUUGUUUUUCACAGAAUUUAUGGAACAUUUAUAGACUCCGUGUUACUGUUAAACAUAAAAAGAUUUGAAGUCUCGAAUAAAAAAAAAAAAAAAAAAAAUUAAAAAGAUG